AUGCCCCAAGAGAAUGGAGAGGUCACCCCAGAGCCCGAAGCCCUCGUGUCAGGCCGAGUACACGUCCUCGGUGCUGGAAAUGUGGGAAUCUUUAUCACACAAUCACUCGCCAAGCGGCAAUCUCCGCCCGACGUCACCUUGUUUAUGUCAAAUUGGGGAAUGUUCGAAGCAUACCGUCAGAGGAAGAAAAAGUUAUCGAUCACCUACGAUGGACUGACCGAUGGGCUCAAGAAUGGUGUCGAUAUCGAAGUAUUUGAAGGGCACAAAUGGUUCAAGCUUCCCCGUGAUUAUGGAGAAAAGUACAAAGAAAAUGGCGAGCGCUUUGUGAAAGAUGAGGAAGCAUCCCGGCUGCGGAGUACCAAUGAGCAUAUCGAUUGCUUAGUCGUUUCUUGCAAGUCAAAUCACGCUUUCUUAGGCAUUCGCUCUCUUGCAAAACGUCUCUCGUCUAACUCAACCAUUCUGAUCACUCAAAACGGUCUGGGUGUCAUUGAAAGACUCAACAGAUUUGUCUUCACAAACCCGAGCGUACGCCCCAAAUACCUUCAUGCCGUUUUCAGCCACGGUAUGGAUAAGAAGGAUAUGUACCAAGUCAAGUAUAAAAAGGUUGGACUGACGAAUAUCGCUCCUCCAGCCACGGCCGGUAAAAUAUCCAUGAUAAAGCCAGAGGAUGACACUAGUUGGGCGCCUUCCACGAAAUACUUGACUCGCCUUUUCACCCUAACCCCCAGCCUGGUUGCCGUUGCGAAUACACCUACCAACGUUCUCAUGUACCAACUUGAGAAACUCGCUAUCAGCUGUGUCAUUGACCCAUUGACUGCGAUCAAUGAUUGCAAAAAUGGCGACCUGCUUUAUGUGGAGAGUGUAUCCCGUAUCAUGCGAUUACUUCUCCUCGAAAUCACCAGGGUCAUCUUGGCUCUCCCUGAAUUACAGGGGGUUCCGGGACUGGAGGAUCGAUUUGAGCCUGAGCGUUUGCGUCGAAUGGUCGUUUUCGAGCUCAGUCGAACUCGAUCUAAUACCAGCACGAUGCUCCACGACGUUAGGGGCCGGAAGGGGACGGAAAUUGAAUAUUUAAACGGAUACAUCGUGCGCCGUGGCGAAGAACUGGGUAUAACAUGUGUGAUGAACUACAUGAUGAAACAUCUUGUUCAUGGCAAGCAACAAGUCAACAACCGUCGGGAAUCCGAAGCAAUCCCAAUCGAUGCCCGCUCCCCAUCAACCGAAAGCCACCAUUUGACCGGUCGCCAUCAACAACCUUUACCAGAGAAGAGCACACAGCCGCAGGAAUCAAUUCUCGAUGAGGAUUUCGAAUCCCAAUCGCCAUGA